GCCGGGGCUGCCCCCGCCGCGCUCGGGCUCCGCGGGCGGAUGGACCGGCGGCGGCGGCUGCGGGGAUUUUUAGAUGUGCCCUGAUGCCGCGGGGUCUCCUGGCUCCUGGAAAUGCAGCUCUCUUCCAGCGUGGCUGAACUCAGCUGUGACGAGACCAUGGACCCACCCGCCGAGGACUUCCAGCAGGUCCUGUCCAUCGACCAAAUCCGCUCCAUCCGCGCCAGCAACAACUACGUGGAGAGACCGGCGGCGUGCUUCCAGCAAGCCCGCUCCAACCCCUCGCUCUCGCAGCCCCCGCACAAGCAGGAGUGGUCCCGGGACCGCCUGGCUUCUUCCACCUUCCACGACCUGCACCGCAGCCACAGCCAGCAGCACCAGAUGCCGCCUCUGCAGCCGCCCCUCAGCCACUCCAGCACGGCCAGCUCGGUGUCGCAGAGCACCGCGGCCUCCGAGCAGCGCCUGCUGAGCGGCCUGACGCCGUCGCACUCCGGGCACUCGCUGGUGCGGACGCAGCCCCGCGGCGGCGAGCCCAAGGCCGAGGAGUCCCCGCGGAAGGGCGCGGAGCAGCCGGCGGCGCACGGGCACCUGCUGCUGUGCGAGGCGUGCGGGCGCUGCCGCUGCCCGCGCUGCACGGCCGCCCGCAGCCUGCCCUCCUGCUGGCUCUGCAACCAGCGCUGCCUCUGCUCCGCCGAGAGCCUCCUCGACUACGGGACGUGCCUCUGCUGCGUCAAGGGGCUCUUCUACCACUGCUCCACCGACGACGAGGACACCUGCGCCGACGACCCCUGCUCCUGCGGGCCGGGCUCCUGCUGCGCCCGCUGGGCCGCCAUGAGCGUCCUGUCCCUGCUCUUGCCCUGCCUCUGCUGCUACUUUCCCACCCUGGGGUGCCUCAAACUUUGCCAGCGGGGUUACGACGGCCUGAAACGCCCCGGCUGCCGCUGCCAGAGCCACACCAACACGGUCUGCAGAAAGAUCUCCUCCGCCAGCGGCACGCCCUUCCCCAAAACCCUGGACAAGCCGGUAUGACCCUCCCGAGGAGGAGAAGCGGGCUUUGCUCCUCUUUCUCCCCCUCCUCUUGUCUCCUCCGUCCCGCUCCUCCCUCGGCUCCCUCUGCUGCGCAGUGCCCCCUCCUCCCCACCAUCACCUUCCGGGACUGAGACGGGUGACCCGGGGGUCCCCCGGGCUUUGGGACACCCCUGGCCGGGUGGCCGGGGCAGCUGGCACCGAGCUGGGGGUGCCAAUGAGAUUUGCACAUGCGGGAGAGGGGCAGGAGAGGCGGAGCGAGCCGAGGGUGCCCUCCCUGGCUGUGUCCCACAGGGAGAGGUGACCCAGAGGGUCCGUGGGGCUCUGCCCCCAUGGCAAGGGUACCUGAGGCCCCUCGGGACUCUGCUCUCCGUAGUUCUAGGAGCUGCCUCACAGUGUGGUCCUUGUCCUUGGGGGAGGAGGCAGGUCAGUGCAUCCCUGUGCCAGAGCCCCCUCGGGAGCCAGACCUCCUCCUCCUCCCAACUCCUUCUCCCUCUCCAGCACUUUCCGUGGGUGGCCUUUCUUCCCCCAGGUGGCCACGGGUCCCUUUCCCCGAGGGGCUGGGGUGCCAAGGGGUCUCACCGGUGGCAGUGGCUUCCCUCCGGGCUUCGAAGCCGCUGGGAGAAGCGAGCGAGCUCCGAAAUGAGGUGGCACCGUGUUUUUCUGUCUCAAAGAGGAAGAGAAGGUGUGGGAAGCUUUAGAAACCUUCUGGCAGGGGAAGGAGCUAUCGGAGGCAGCCCAGCCCACUCGCUCCUGCCCGACUGCAGCGAGGGAAAGGUCCCCUCUGGGACUUGGCUGAGAACAAGGAGCUGCUUGGAAAUUGCCAUUCAUUUCUCCGGGCCUUGGAGGGCUGCCUGAGGUGGGAGCUGCCGCCUGGCUCCAUCCCACCACCCAGCAGAUGCCACAGGCACCGGCUCCAUGCUCGAACCCCAAUCUGGUACCUUCCACCAGCACUGAAUUCACUUUAAAAAAGUAUGGCAAAGCCAACUGUGAACAGCCACCGCUCCGGGGACUCCCCAAAGGGCUCUUCUGUCACCCCUCCCUGGGCUGGAGGCAGGAGAGCAGGAGGGAGUGUCAAAGCUGGGGACCCCGAGCUUCCCUCCCAGCCAGGUUUCCUUUGAGUCCUCGCCUGCUGAGGGGGUUCUGCCGCUCACGGACAGCCGGGAGCGGGGCUGGAGGCGGCCCUGGGGCUGGGCUCUCUGCAGAGCACACGGACACUGCAAUCCGGGUCAGGGCUCCGCGCUUCCUCGCUGGGAUGAUGAGAACCCCGGCCAGCUGCCGUGGCUGGGGGACUCCUGGUGGUCCUGGGCUCAGCCCCGUCUCUGUGUAGUGCCAGCUCCUGGUUGUGACCCCGCUGGCAUCAUCUGGGGGAGUCUGGAGCUGGGCUGGUGUCCUGGAGCUCGGCCCUGUCUGCCUGCCCCCCUUCCCAGGUGCGCACAGAGGAGGGAAUGGUGCCCCUGGAGGAAUAUAUGCAACACAUCCCUUGGCUUCUCCCAGACCCAGCUCCCAGGGCCCGUCCGACGCCUCCUCCCAGCCGCCUCUUUCCGUAGAGUUCUGUGGAUCUAUUUUUGUAGAUAUAAAUAUGAUGUUGGGAUGGGUAGGUCUGUUACUAAUAAUAUUCACGCCACUGCUGUGAACGGUGCCGGGUACAAGGUUUGGCUUCCCGGUGCACUUGCACCUGCUGGUGAAGAUGAUUUCCCAGUCAGUUUAUCGCUAAUCCCAGACCCUCGGUUCCCAGGCUGUCGGGAGAGGGGGAAAGGGAGGUGUACGGAUUGUCUGGGGGUCUGCUCUGCAAGGAGGGUGGGACUCAGUGCUGGCUGAGAGGUGAGGCAGAAGCGGAAUCUCGCUGUGGGACUCCUCCUUCCAUCCGUUUGCUUUCUAAAAAUCGUGGUGGAUCCAAGCUCCCUCUGUUGCGGGGAAAAGUGGUUCCAGGGAGUGAUUCAUGCCGCCUGGAAGCAUUAUUCAUUAAAUCCUGUGCUGGCUGUGCUCAGCUCCCCUGACUCAAAUGGCACCCAAACAUUGAACUCGAGGUUCCGUGGGGAAGGGGGGAUGAAUCCCAUCCCUGGUGGGAGGUUUGUGCUGGAAAGUGUUAUGGACGGGAGUGAAAUCCUCUCCCUGAUUUCCCCCCGAGCCUAAGGGGGAUGGGGAGAGAUCUGUAGGUAUCUCAGGAUGAUGCUCCAGGAUGCAGAGGGAUCUCCUGGCAUUAGGAAAGGACAGAGCCCCAUCUGUGCGUGGUCCAUCCCUGAGGCCAGCCCGCGCUCUGGAAUCAUUUGGAUUUUAGGCCAUGAUCUUCUCAGAGGAUGCCCUGUAGGUGUGUGAACUCCUCUAAGAUCUUUCCUCUGGCAGCAAAUAUAAAAUGCAUUGCAAAUACCUUUAUCCUUAUGCCAAUAAUUGCUAGGCUCCCUACUUCCAAGUGAUCUUGUGGGGAGACACUUCCUCCAGGAGUCUCCUUCCUUUGGAAGGCCCAGUUCGCUCUUCUAUCGGUGCUGACUAAACUCCUUCCUCAUAAAAACCAGAGAGCAUUUUUAGGGAGAAAAGGUCCCUUUUUCCCUGUGGGUUGGAGGAACUAUCUCCCUUGAAUGAGAAUGUGAAACAGUUCAUUGAAACUUUUUAAAGAAAACUAAUGAACAGAAUUUUCCAACUUGCUCUACUUUGAUUUUUUUUUUUUUUUCCUCCUCCUUUUUAAACGGAUCCCACUUGUAAAUUUAGUUACCACCUCUGUAUCUUUGCAAUUCAUUGCUUCCUCUCCUGAUGGUGGAAUGACUCAACAUGUGAAGCUUCAUCAUUUUCACGGCCUCCCAAGUCAUGCGAGCGUGGGGUGACCUCCCCCAGGUGCUGGAGCUGGGGGAUGAGGAGAAGCUGCCCGUGGAUCAGCUCCCCAGAGCCAGCUCUGCACGGCACGGCAGCAGCACCGUUACCUUCAGGAGCUGGGGGAAGGCCAGGGCUGCCAGAAGCCUCCACCUAAUGGGCUUUUUCUGGGUCCCUGCAGAAGCUCCUCUCCUCGCAGGGAAUGGUGUCACAGCCUGGUGAGGGCAGGGGAGCACGGCCAGGGCUCCGGGAUGCCUCCUCUCCGUGAAAUGAAAAAGCUGGGAGACGCAUUUCGUGAAAUGCUGGGAACGUAGAAGGGGAAGGAUUUCAAAGCUGUGGAGAUGCGGCACCUGCAGACGUGGUUUAGUGGGGGCUCAGCGUUCUGGGUUAACGUUUGGGUUCAGUGGUCUUAGAGGGCUUUUCCAGCAGGAAUGAUUCCAUGAUUCUGGGAAGUGGAGAGGAGGAGAGCCCCAGCUGAGCACUGAGGGCUGCUGGGUCAGAGCAGGGCUUUGCUUUCACCGAGGGCCGACACCAAAGCCACCUCCAGGACCUGCAGGGGCUGGAGGAGUUCAGCCUCUUGGUCUCAGCCCUGCUCAUGGGGGCAGGUGGUUUCACCUGGAAUUCCUGCUUCCCGCUCCAUCUGGGGCCCUUAGCACAAUUCCCCUCUUUGCUGGCAGGAGAGGUUGGGAAGCACCAAAAGCUCUCCAAGGAGAAGCACCCGAAGCUCCGGUUCGCCAAGCUCAUCUGCGGUGGGGAAGGCUGUGGGCAGCCUCAGAUUCCUUCCCCGAGCUUUUCCAACCUCCUCCGACCAGAUCCAUCCUGCUCCAUCCCCACCUUGGCUGCCAGGACGUUUGGUUUGCCUGCAGAGAGGGCCCCGGUUCUGGUUGGGGUUGGGAGCCCCUUUCCUGCCCCACCCUCCGUGAGUCAGAUCCCAUCUGCUCGGGGUGUUUGUCUGCAGCUGCCUGUCCCAGCAGUUGGGCUCUCUCUCUGUCCUGACGUGUCUUUCUUGGUUUGCUUUUGUGAGCGUCACAUGUGGAGCCCUCUGCUCUCCCACAGGGAUGGAUCCGCAUCGGGAGGGAGCGUUCCUGGCUUGUUGUCUUUCCUUUGCCAGGGAACAGGCAGGGCUGGGGGCAGAUUGAAGCAGGGAAAGAGAUUCAGGUGCCAAAGGAGCGGGAGGCAGAAGCUGCUGAGCAGGGCCUGAGCUCCCCCCGCUCUGCUCGCCAUCCAGAGCCUCCUUUUCCCACCCAGAGCCCAAAGCUCCAUCAUUGCAAGAACCUCUGAUGUUUUUUGCUUCCUUCAAGGCUUCCCUUGGUCCCACUCCCCUUUUUCCCCAGUGGCAAAUCAGUCCCAGCGCUGGUGGGGAGGGGUCGUGGGGACCAGGCUGGAGUGUCCCUCCUACCCCACCGCUCCUGGUGGGAGGGCUGAAGAGGUCCUUGGGCUGCUGUCCACUCAUCCUUGAGAAACAUCAGUGCCUCCAAGAACGGGGGGAAGCUCUUUGUGACUCACAGAUUCCCAUAAAAUCCCACUGAGUUCACUCAUGCCCAUCCCCAGGCGUGAACCCAAGUUGGGGGAGGACAAACACCGUUGAGCAAAAGAUGCUGAAGCGUGGAAUCAGGGAUUAGGAACGGCUCUGAAGUGUGGUGGAGAGGGAUGAGCCAGGGUGGGGAGGACCUGCUGUGGAAUUGGCCCAGGAAAGGAGCCCGCUGUGCCCUAAACUCCUGCUCCCAGCACCACUGCUGUCUCUCUUUCCUGGGCUGUUCUGGGGCUUGGAGAAAGCUGUAAGUGUUCAGACACUGGAGGUCAAAUGUUUGUGACAGGGAUGUGAUAAGGGCUGACCCCCACCCCGAAGCUCACUCCUGGUCUUUAACAGGAUCCAGUUCAGGCUCGGCUCCUCCAGGGAGCCCGUGGAGCCCGUGGGAUGCUCACUGAUCCAGGUGGCCCAAACCACUCUGUGCUGGGACCUCUUGGGCUCAGUUUGCUUUGGGCAUUUCUCCGUGAGCCCCAGGUUCUCUUGCAAAUCCUCCUGGAGUCACACUGGGAGUGGAGCUGGGAUCUGUUCCCCUGCCUGGGGUGAUGUUGCAGAAGGAUCCCCUGAGGAUGCGGUCCCGGGGUUCCUCGGAGGGGCACUGCAGGCACGAGGGGUUUUGGAUGGAUGGGAAGGGGUCACAGCCCUCGGAGCAGCAGCAAUGUGUCAGGGAGGCUCUGGGUCCUUCUCUGCUCUGCCCAAAGGUCACAAGCAGGACCAAUCCCACCCCGAGAGCCGGGCCUGGGAGAGGAGAUCCCACACCCUCUGUGCCAAGGUCACCCCAAAUCCCAAGCCUGGCCCGUCCCCACCUUGUCCCCUUCCCUGCUUCCAUCGGGAUGCUCUCCUGGCAGCAGCUCCGCGUCCUUCUCCUCCCCUGGUGUCCUCAGCACAAAGCUCUCCUUGGAAGAUCCCCCUGGGCUCCACAGGACAGGCCCACGUUCCCAAGGCUCCCAUCCUGAGUUUCUGGGUACAAAGCCCUUCUGUACAGCCUGUAAAGAUCCCUUCCUGGCUCUCUCCAUUCCAGUUCCUUUCUGUAAGGUAUAAUAUAUGUUUAUAACCUGAUGGCUGUUUUUUUUUUUUUUUUUUUUUUUUUUGGACAUACUCUUGUACCUUUUAAGGGGAAAAAAAAAAUUAAAAACCAAAGUAUUUAUUUGAAAAGUUUAUUUUAAAGAUAAGGAAAAAAAACCCCCAACCUAUUUAUUUUACUGCACCCUCUUCUGUUUGUUUUCCUUCUCUUGCAAAGCUGAUAACUGUUACAGAACCACUGCUGAGGUGAAAGAAGUGAUUCUAUGGGUGGCUUCACAAGCCCACUUAGAGCAACUAUUCAAUAAAAAUAUAUAUUAAUUUUG